CGCACCGCACCACCCAAACGGCUAUAAUUAGGCGGUUCCAAAGGAAACGCCCCUCUCUCGCUCUUGCGGCGGCGACCCCGCGGUUUCGAGCCAAUCACCGCCAAGUCCUCGACUCCAGCGCCCUUGCCUUGCCACCCCGGCCCCAGCUACCACGGGGAGCUGCAAAUAACCUGCGGCCCCGAGGACCGGACAGCAAAAGCGCCCAACCGCUGGAGCUCCGCCCCGGCGAUCACCCGCCGGGAACGUAGCGCCCGGCUCCACAGCCGCGCCAUUCGAGCUGCUGCUCGCGCGCGGCUGGUUCUUCUCGGGGGGAUUUUCUUUUUGCGGGCACCCUCCGCUCCCCCUCACCGCCCUGCCGUCAGCCGUCUCGUUUUCGGAUUCGUUUGCUCCGGCGGUGGCCGACCUGCCGUGCGGGGCGCGGUGAUGCCGGAGGUGGGGCAGUACGGGUACAAGAAGACCGACGGCAUCUGCGACAGCGUGUGCGGCGAGCCUGUGUCAAAGACAGCUCUGACGAUGUCAAGGCUAAAGUGCGCUCUCCGGGGAUUUGAUUUAAGGGCACUUAUGGUCCUCUUGAUUGGUGUGCCAAUUCUAAUCCUAAUGAUAUAUGCGCAUGGUCAGAAGGUCACAUACUUCCUGCGGCCCAUCUGGGAAUCUCCUCCCAAGCCCUUCAAGACAAUCCCUCACUACUACCAUGAGAACGUCACCAUGGAGAACCUGUGCAAGUUACAUGGUUGGAAAGUCCGUGACUUCCCGCGUCGUGUCUUUGAUGCUGUACUCUUCAGCAAUGAGCUUGAUAUCCUGGAGAUCCGCUGGAAUGAGCUUAGUCCCUAUGUGUCCGAGUUUGUGCUUCUUGAAUCCAACUCAACCUUUACUGGCAUAAAAAAGCCCCUCCACUUCAAGGAAAACAAGCACCGUUUUGGGUUCGCUAAAUCACGGCUGACAUAUGGUAAUAUUGGGGGAAGGUUCGUGAAGGGGGAGAACCCAUUUGUUGAGGAGUCAUAUCAGAGGGUUGCCCUGGACCGGCUUCUUAAGCUUGCAAGAAUAGAAGACGAUGACCUGCUGAUCAUGUCGGACGUUGAUGAAAUCCCGAGCGGCCACACAAUCGAUCUCUUAAGGUGGUGCGACGGCAUUCCAGACAUACUUCACCUUCAGCUCAGGAAUUAUCUCUACUCGUUCGAGUUUUUCCUGGACGACAAGAGCUGGAGGGCAUCGAUACACAAGUACCAAGCUGGAAAGACGAGGUACGCGCACUUCCGGCAGGCAGACGAGCUCCUCGCCGAUUCAGGGUGGCAUUGCAGCUUCUGCUUCCGCUACAUAAGCGAUUUCGCAUUCAAGAUGCAAGCGUAUAGCCACGUCGACCGGAUCAGGUUCAAGUACUUCCUGAACCCUGAGAGGAUCCAAGAUGUCAUCUGCAGAGGGGCGGACCUUUUCGAUAUGCUUCCAGAAGAGUACACGUUCCAAGAGAUCAUCGCCAAGCUGGGGCCGAUCCCGAGCACGUAUUCUGGCGUUCAUCUUCCUAGCUAUCUGCUAAGGAAUGUCGACCGGUUUAGAUACCUUCUACCGGGCAACUGCAGGAGAGAAAGUGGCUAGGUUUUAUGGCCCACUACCCUGCAACCUGUUGUGCGUGGGUGGGUGGGUGCCAGUGCCACACUGCCCCGCUGCAAAGCUGCUGUCCAUGGGAUAUCUGUGGCAGUUCACCUGGUACGGUUGCCUAACGUAGUUGAACAAAUGCUUUGGGGAAGAAUUGGUUCAUGGAUGGGGGUGAGCACAUGAUUCUCUAAUGUGUAAUAGAACAUGGGAGGAGGAUCUAACGGCAUAGCGCACGCUUGGUCCUGGCUGGGUGUGCAUGAGCUGAGCGGUUUGUCAUUGUCAUUCAUUACUUCCCUGAUUGAUAUAUAUAAACUCAAAAAGGCUGUUGUAGAUUGCAAUCCAAGUGGUAUUUCAGAAUUACAUAUUGUAGAACCGGACCUUGCUCGUCAGAUGAUUGAUACUCCCUCAGUUCUUUUU